UGCUGAUGGAACUACAUCAGCCUUGUGAUGAUCUGUGCACAGCAUCAACGUGAAAGCCGUUGUUCAUUGGCUAAGGGCAUUUUUAGUCACCACCCUUCCCAUCAGUCGCGGGCUGAUACCCAUGGUGCUGUAUCAAGUCCAGAUUUACGACUACUCGGUGUUUCGUGGGGUUUUCACUUUUGGAUCUCUAUCUUCUGGCGCCUACUCUCACGUUCGGCCACCGGUCUCAAUUUCAGUCUCCUAUCAAUUUCGUGAUUCCAUUCUCCAUUCAAGAUCGCGUAUUUCAUUCUUCAGUCUUCCUUUCUCUUCCCCAGAAUCUCUGCUCCUUUCCAAGCAUCAUCAUCUACAAUGGCCCCCCAUACUAUUGAAUCGAACUAUGAUCUCAUUUUUGCUGGAGGAGGAACUGCGGCGUGUAUUAUCGCUGGUCGUUUGUCCAAGGCAGAUCCAAACCUCAAGAUCCUCAUUCUCGAGGCCGGUCCUACUACCAAGGGCAAGUUAGAGCACAUCCAGCCUGGUCAAUACAUCACCCACUUGGCUCCAACCAGCAAGACGAUGCAGUUCUACGAGUCCAAGCCUAGCGAAAGUGUCGCAGGUAGGGCUGUCGUCGUACCCUCUGGUCGUUGCAUUGGUGGAGGCUCUUCCGUCAACUUUAUGUUGUACAACCGUCCCGCAGCGUCUGACUUUGACUCCUGGGAGACCGAAUUCGGUAAUCAAGGCUGGGGAUCCAAGGAUAUCAUCCCUCUACUCCAGAAGGCCGAAACCUACGAGGUGGACCCCACUAGGAAGACCCAUGGUUCCUCAGGACCAAUCAAGGCAUCUUUUGGAGGGAACACUGAAAUGAUGGAGAUCCCUAAGCAAUUCCUUGAGAUUGGUCCCAAGUUCGAAAAGGACCGACCAGAAUCUGAAGAAGGGAACAACCUCGACCCUGAAUCUAUCAAUGUAUUUUUCAGAAUGCCAAAGUACAUAUCGACUACGGGACGCCGAUCCGAUGCCGCGCAUCAUUAUCUCUACAAUUCUGAGAGCAAGAAUCUCUCCGUGUUCGAUGGAACGCGUGUGAAACGUAUCAUUUUUGAGGGAACUCGGGCAGUCGGCGCAGAAUAUGUGUUCGACAAGCAGGUGUAUCCCGAUGCGGAACAGACGGUGCACACGGUUCGCGCUAGUCGCCUUGUAGUUGUCUCUGCGGGUGCUAUGGGUAGCUCCCUGAUCCUUGAGCGGUCGGGUAUUGGUGCUGCGUCAAUCUUGGAAAAAUUCGGCAUCAAACAGAUUGUAGACCUUCCUGGUGUGGGUAAGGAAUACGAUGAUCAUCCGUUCCACGUAACACCGUAUAUUGCGGAUGGGAGCACAGAGACAUAUGACCGUCUCUUCCGUGGAGAGCCUGAGGAGUGGGGUAAACUUUUGUCUCGAUGGGCCGUUGAUGGUUCUGGACUAAUGGGAGGAAAUGGGGUAGACGCAGCCAUCAAAAUGCGUCCUCGGGAAGAUGAACUUGAGGAAUUAGGUCCCGAUUUCCAAGAAUAUUGGGGAAAGAACUUCGCUAACAAACCGGACAAGCCUUUGUUCUGGCUGAGCGCCACGGCCGGCCUCCCUGCGGACCAGUCAGCGUUACCUCCUCUCAAUUUCAUGGCGUCGGCAUGCUUCCUCGGAUACCCCGCUUCUCGUGGACAUCUUCACAUCUCUUCUGAUGAUAUCUACGCCCAUCCCGACUUUGAUGCAGGAUUUUUGAAGCAUCCAGCCGACGUCGCCGCCCUUCGGUGGGGCUACAAGAAAGGUAGAGAGUUGCUCCGCAGAAUGGAUGCAUAUCGUGGCCCACUUGCCCCCGCGCAUCCUCAGUUUGCUGCGGGCAGUCCCGCAGCAGCCUCCCUCGCUGAGAAUGGUCCUGUUGCGUUUGAUGCGCCGAAAAUUACUUAUAGCAAGGAAGACGAUGAGGCCAUCUCCCUGAACGUUAGGAACUUUGUUGGAACAACUUGGCAUUCCCUCGGCACUUGCCCUAUGAAGCCAAGAGAUCAAGGCGGAGUCGUUGACAAGGAUCUCAACGUUUAUGGCGUUACGGGAUUAAAGAUUGCUGAUCUCUCUAUACCACCUGCUAAUGUCAAUUGCAACACUUACUCUGCCACCCUGGCGAUUGGCGAAAAAGCGGCCCUUAUUAUUGCAAAUGAUCUUGGAAUUGAAGGUGUUUAAGGUUUACCUCCCAUGAUGCCUUGGUUGUCUCGUCCCUACAAUGUAUUGAGUAUAUAGUCCUGUGUGUAAAAAGAAAGAAAUCAAUCAUUGGCUGUUCCGUGUCCACGUUGUUUUGCCG